CUUCUUUUUUCGCAAUAAUCUUCUUCUUCAUCUUUCGAUCGCAGCCUAGGCCUUAGUCUCAUGUUUCUGCGGAUUCCAUCCCUUCCUUUCUCUUAAUUCGCAGAAUCAGAGACAUUAUUGUAAUAUAAUAUAUUAAAAAGUUCUUGGUUCCUGUCUCUGCAAGUUUCUUCGUCGACAUUCAGAGAAAAAAAAAUUACUGAAAUAAGAGAAGAAACCAAAACAAUUUUCUAUUUACAGAGGUGGCCAUUUUGCACCUUGUUUCGGAAGGUUGGGGUGGUACUCUGCAUCUUCGGACAUUAAAAGAUGUUGGGAGAUUUCGUGAACAGAUGCCUUCUGUUGUUUUUCGGGUAUGCAUACCCGGCAUUUGAAUGCUUCAAGUCGUCAGAGAAGAAUAAAAUCAACAUUGAAGAAGUCAAAUUCUGGUGCCAAUAUUGGAUUAUUGUGGCACUAAUCACUGUUUGUGAAAGGCUUGGUGACUUUUUCUUGUGUUGGUUGCCGUUUUAUGGCGAGGCGAAGUUGGGAUUUUUCAUAUGGCUAUGGUACCCGAAAACCAAGGGGACUUACUUUGUGUACAAUAACUUCUUGAAGCCAUAUGUGUCAAAGCAUGAGACAGAGAUAGACAGGAAGUUGCAAGAAGUCAAAGCCAGAGUUUGGGAUUUUGCCAUUUACUACUGGCAAAACUGCACCAAGUUGGGGCAAUCCACUUUCUUCCAGGUUCUAGAGCAGUUAGCUACACAAUCUGGACGGUUUGGGAAUGCCACCUCCUCCAAGCAGUCUCAGAGAGGUCCCCUGGAAAAAUUCAGCCUAAUGAGUUUCCUCCAUAAUUAAGAAAACAGGCAGCACGGUACCAGUUGCACCUCCGCCGCCAGAGUCUCCAACGGCGAGAAGGAGCGGAAGUGGGCGGUGGACGCCAAGAGCCGCUAGCAGACUGAGUCGAGAGGCAGGAGUGGAUUCCCCAAGAUUCCAGAGGCAACUCACCGGUGAAAAGAUGGAUGGUGACGAGCUCCAGCAGGCCAAGAUGAGGCUCCGGCGAUCAAAUCCCAUUGCCUAAUUUGAAGAAGACUAUAAAUUCUAUUAAAAAGUGUACAAAAGCAUAUCUAAAAAACCCAUUAAAAAACACAAGAAGAUAACCAGGAAAAAAUCUCUCACAACUAGAACCCCAAAAACUCAAACAAAAAAAUUGAGAUAUUUUUCAGUCAAUUUAUUCCACACAGCCAUUCAAUUUGUUAAUUUUUUUCCCCCUUUUUUUAUGAAUUGAGUUUCAGGUUUCCAACCCAAUUAGUGUUUUGUUCUUCUUGUAUGUGAUCAUACCAUUAUUCAGUCGGUGUGAUCCACCUUCUUUGUAAGAGAACAACAAAUAUGAUAAAAAGUAAAGAUUCAAUUUUUCCCCCAAAAAA